AUGGAAGACGGGUUUCGGACAUCAAUUGCAGCGCGGAAGGAUCGAUUGUGUAAGUUAGUAUCAGGUUUCGCAGUUGCGCAACUUGGCGUCUCGGCUGCGCUGGCAACAACGACGUGUGUGAACUUGGUGUGGGCGGCUCUGCGGCGCUGCGUCAUGGCCCGUGGGCCUGUUGGGGACGCGAGUAUGCGCAAGCGAAGCAAGGAGAGAGACGGCUGUGUGAGGCAGCACGUUGGUUCGUGCGGGAGCGUCGUGCCGGGGAAGCGGCGACGGUCGGCGGCGGCGGCGUCCACUGAAGAGCCGAAGCUGACAGUUGGAGAGCCGAAGCUGACAGUUGAAGAGCAGGAGGUGACAGUUGAAGAGCAAACGACAACGGGAGGGGAGGAUGUGACAGUUAAAGAGCAGGAGAUGACAGUUGGAGAGCAUAAGUCAGGAGGUUGUGUGUUGGCGCAGGCAGUUGGGGAGCAGGUGCUGACAGUUGGGGAGCAAAAGGAUAGACUUGUGCAGGAGCACGUGUGUUUGCCAGACGGCGCACCUGAGCACGAGCUGUUUCUGGUGUCGAUCAAGACGAUGCAAGAACUGGAGGAGAGUGUCGACGUUGUAGCAGAAGCCAAAGAAGUGGAUGUGGUGCUGCAGCAGCGGCUUCAGCAGCAGCAGAUGACGACUGACGACGUUGACGUGGCGUGGGGCCACGAGUUCGCAGCGCUGGAUUCCCUUCGACGGUUUGCCAAGUGCCACCACGAUCAGGCGCGACGGCAGUUGGACAACGGUGUGCUGGUGAAGUUUGUACUGCCAGCAGCAUCGAAUUUGCGCUCGAUCAUGGCUAGAAACGCACUGCUGUGUGUACAGGAGCUUAUCCUUGGACUCAAGGCCGAGAUGACAGCGUACUACAAUGUUGUUGUGCCUGUUCUGCUGAACCGGGCUUGCUCUAAGAAGCAGUUUUUGAGGGAUCUGGCAAGAGAUGUGCUGGACACGGCGUUGCGAGCGGGAGCUGAUGAGGAGUUUCUGAACCCGCUGUUGUCUACGGCUACGACUGAAAAGAACGCGCAGAUUGUUGGCGUAGCUGGGGUGUACAUGAGCAAGUGUAUCGUCCGCAUGGACCACGCGCACUUGCAAACGUAUGUGCUUGAGACGCGAAGCUCAUUUUUCGACGAAAUGGCAAGCUUUCUUAAUUGUAAGGCUGUGGAGUGCAAGACAGCCACGCGCCGAAGCUGCCAGCAUACGCGCCGAGUCAUUGGGAACGAGGCGUUUAUAGCACUGGCCAAGGAAAAGCUGAAGGGUACAGCGCUAUCAGACAUGUUGAGGGCAUCAGAGACUCGCAAGUCAGCGGAGCCUGGCCAGACGAAAAUGAGUAUCCGAGAACGCGUGCUUCAGCUGAAGAAACAGCAACAGCAGCAGCAACAACGACAGCGAAGUGAGGGAAACGACGCGUUGGUCACUGUUGCUACCAGUCCACCGUUAUGA